CAACCAUGGUUAGCCAUAUCCGUAGUUAACUUGACCAUGGUUAAGUCAAUUGAAGACGAAGUGUUAUAAAUCGAAGUUACAAUUUGUGAGCUUUUUCUCAAUCCCUUCCUAUCCCAUCUCUCUCAGCUGCAGGGGAAAACAGGGGGAAAAGAUGGCGACGGCGAACGACGGGGAUUUCAGCUUCGCCGCCGGGGGAAAAGGGCGGAAUGGGCUGGCGAAGAUACAGACGCAGAAGACGAGGAAUAAGGAGGAUGGGAUGUGCCACGACGACAGUGCGCCGCCGGUGAAGGCAAAGACGGUGGAGGAGUUGCAUUCGCUUCAGAAGAAGAAAUCGGCUCCCUCCACGCCGCUCACGGCGGCUAACACCCCCUUCUCCGCCGCCCUAUCUGAGGAAGAGCGCCACAAACUGCAGCUCCACUCCAUUAGUGCAUCAUUGGCAUCGCUAACGAGAGAGACGCCACGAGGACAACACCGGAGACGCCACGUGUGUCACAUGACUCCCACGUGACUCAACACCACCACCAUUACGAACCAACAUUCAACACUAGUGAUAGUGCCCUCAAGUUUACCCAUAUCCUCUACAAUCUUUCACCCGCCGAGCUUUAUGAGCAAGCCUUGAAGUACGAGAAAGGUUCAUUCAUCACGGCGAGUGGUGCAUUGGCUACAUUGUCUGGAGCCAAAACGGGCCGUUCCCCAAGGGACAAGCGUGUUGUCAAAGAUGAGGCAACCGGUGAUCUUUGGUGGGGAAAGGGAUCACCCAAUAUCGAAAUGGACGAGCAUACUUUCUUGGUCAACAGGGAAAGAGCUGUGGAUUAUCUCUGCUCUUUAGAAAAAGUUUGCAUUGUUUAAUAUUUCAACCAAUUUAUAAUGAACCCUUACCAAAUGGUCCUUAGUUUUUCUUUUGCCAUCAAUAACUCACUCAUUUGGUUGGUUCAAAUGGGUCUUUGCAGGUUUUUGUGAAUGAUCAAUUUCUAAACUGGGAUCUGAACAACCGAAUCAAAGUUCGAAUCGUAUCCGCAAGAGCAUAUCACUCCUUGUUCAUGCACAACAUGUGUAUCCGACCCACGCCCGAAGAGCUGGAGGAUUUUGGUACUCCAGACUUCACUAUAUACAAUGCCGGUCAGUUCCCAUGUAACCGUUACACCCACUACAUGACAUCCUCCACCAGCAUAGACCUCAAUCUAUCGCGGCGCGAAAUGGUCAUCCUCGGCACACAGUACGCCGGGGAAAUGAAGAAAGGCUUGUUUGGCGUGAUGCACUAUUUGAUGCCCAACCGCGGCAUCCUCUCCUUGCACUCUGGGUGCAAUGUGGGAAAACAAGGAGAUGUCGCCCUCUUCUUCGGAUUAUCAGGCACCGGAAAGACAACCUUGUCUACGGAUCACAAUAGGUACCUCAUCGGAGAUGACGAACAUUGUUGGAGCGAUGAAGGUGUGUCAAAUAUUGAGGGGGGCUGUUAUGCCAAAUGCAUUGACCUCUCAAAGGACAAAGAACCUGAUAUUUGGAAUGCUAUAAAGUUUGGCACUGUCUUGGAGAAUGUGGUUUUUGAAGAACACACGCGAGAAGUGGAUUAUUCUGAUAAAUCUGUAACAGGUAAUUUAGACGCAACAUUUGAGGUAUGGACAUUGUGAAUAACCUCCUAUUUCUUUCGUGAUUACAGAGAACACUCGGGCUGCGUACCCAAUCGAAUACAUUCCAAACGCGAAGAUCCCGUGCGUGGGCCCUCACCCAAAAAACGUCAUUCUUCUGGCUUGUGACGCGUUUGGCGUGCUCCCACCUGUGAGCAAAUUGAGUUUGGCUCAAACAAUGUACCACUUCAUCAGUGGUUACACGGCAUUGGUGGCUGGGACCGAGGACGGCAUAAAAGAGCCUACUGCAACAUUUUCAGCAUGCUUUGGUGCAGCAUUCAUAAUGUUCCAUCCAACCAAAUACGCCGCGAUGCUCUCUGAGAAAAUGCAGAAACAUGGCGCGACCGGAUGGCUAGUCAAUACGGGCUGGUCUGCUGGAAGCUACGGAACGGGUAGGCGCAUAAAGUUGGCACACACUAGGAAGAUCAUCGACGCGAUUCACUCGGGGGAACUUCUAGAAGCGAAGUACGCGAAGACGGAGGUUUUUGGGCUUGAGAUCCCAACAAAGAUAGAGGGAGUGCCUUCUGAAAUCUUGAACCCCAUCAAUACUUGGCCAGACAAGGAUGCCUACAAUGCAACCCUGUUGAAGUUAGGUGGGCUGUUCAAGAAAAACUUUGAGUGGUUCUUGAACUACAAAAUUGGGCCAGACAAUAGCCUGACUGAAGAGAUUUUGGCAGCCGGCCCAAAUUUCUGAGUGCUAUAUGAGCCGGCCCACAGGUUGCAAUGGAUGAUGACGAAAUACACGACCAAUAAAUAAAUGUGUACAUGACUAUGUAUAAAUAAACAUACACAUUGAUGAAAGCAGAGUAAAUAGAUCAAAUGAAAUGCUUGACUUAUGUGGUAUUUAAUAUGUAUCAUUAUUCCCUUAAUAUUGAAAUCUUGUCAUUUUACUCUUAACAAGCCCUGCCUUUAGAGCAACUCUAAAAAGAAAGGGCUAAGGCCCCG